UCUUAUUCAGUCAAUGUUAUGCCCGCCCCACGAAAACGGCCAAACCGAAAACGGAAGCGUCGAGCAGUUUCUGUGUCCUCAUCAUCCUCAGAUGCCUCUUCUUCCUCAGAUAAUGACUCUACUGUAGUCACACGAACACUCCCUGUGGUGAAUGCGGUUAAAACAAAAGCAGAUGAGGACGGAGACUCUGAUUCCUCUUCCUCUUCCUCCUCUUCCUCUUCUUCCUCUUCAGAUUCCUCUUCCUCCAGUGAUGAGUCCCAGUCUCCCCCUCAUGGCAACGGCAAAUCGAAAUCUGACCAUCAUCAUGCAAACUCUGUCGAAAAAGGUCCUAGACCUCGCUCACCCUCGCCUGGUCCCAUUGCUCCUUCUGCUCUUCGGAUACCUUCAUUUCUACCAGAAAAAGAAACUCGAGAUGCGAAAGAAUCAGAACGCGUCUUGCAGGAAAAAUUCACGAAAUUCUGGAUGAAUAAUAUUGUUGAGGGUUUCAAGGAUGAUUUGGAGAUAAUUAGGAAGGAUCCUGCGCUUACUACGCCCAAGCUGUCGAUGCUGAUUGACUCAUUAUCUUCGGGUGCGGAGGUGUUUACUCCCUCUCAUAACGGCCUAUCCAAUGCUCAAGAUGGAAGAGAGCUCACGGAUAUGGAUAUUGUAUUAGGAGACUAAUUCCUUGCACAAUGGUACUCUAUUUUUUCCUUUACCUUACGGAUGUACCACCUGAAUUGUGGAUUCUUCAAAAACCCGCUAAACGCAUUACAGGAAGGAUUGUCGAAGUUGCCCAUCAUUUCCUUCAGUUUAGAGUCUUUGAGGUUUGGAGUCCGCCCCAUCUUCCUUCUGAACACCCGCUCUAGUGCAAGGCCCAAAGACAUGAAAUGCGAUUCGUGGACGGAUCCGCGUAGUCAGUAAUUCAUCGUCUGGAGUACUUACACAUAAGUGUAUUCAACUGCGUAGAUUUAUAUGUAAAGUUGUAAUUUACACGCGGACAAAGCAGCUUUGUAUGUACAUGUUAUGUGGAAAUUUCGUGAACGCGUCUUCCGAUUAA